AUGGGUGUGCUCAGGAUCGUCCUCGCCACGCUCGUUGGCGCGUCGGGCGUCCUCGCCGCUGUACGGCCCUACUCGUCUGCCUACCUUGAGAAACAGUUUCCUCAAACCUUCACCGACUCGUACAACAUCCUCAAGUAUGUGGGUGGCAUCGGCCCGUACUCAGACCGCGUGGGUUAUGGGAUCGACCCGAACCCUCCGCAAGGCUGUGCGGUUGACCAGGUCAUCAUGCUGAUGCGUCACGGGGAGCGCUAUCCCGACACCACGACGUACGGGAAGAUUGAAGCCGUGCUCAACAAGCUGUAUGCGGCGGGAAUUUCUCAGUGGUCCGGUGACCUCGCCUUCCUGAACGACUGGACGUUCUACAUCGACGACCCAGGCUACCUUGAGCAGGAGACGUUCUCGGGCCCGUAUUCGGGGCUCCUCCAUGCCCUGAAACAAGGCACCGAGUAUCGCGCCCGCUACGGCCAUCUGUGGGAUGGCGACGCCGUGGUGCCCAUCUUCGCCAGCGACUACGAGCGCGUCAUCGAGACGGCCAGGUACUUCGGCAUGGGCUUCUUCGGGUACAACUACUCCACCAACGCCGCGAUCAACGUGAUUUCCGAGAAUGCCACCCGCGGAGCAGACAGCCUGACGCCCAGCUGCCCGGCCGACACGGGGUUGUUGGCGUGCUUCUACGCCUCGAGGACUUUACCCCAGUUCAGCGUGGCCGCAGCGAGGUUGAAUGCGCAGAAUCCAGGCCUCAAUUUGAAUUCGUCGGACAUCACGACGCUGAUGGGCGUUGCUCCCUACGAGCUCCAAGCCCGUUCAUAUUCCCCGUGGGUGGACGCAUUCACGCUCGACGAGUGGGUGGCAUUCGGGUACAUCCAAGAUCUAAGCUACUACUAUUGCUCAGGCCCUGGAGAUCCUUACGAAGUUGCUGUCGGCCAAGUGUUCGCGAACGCGUCCCUCGCACUCCUCGAAGCCGGCCCAAGCCACGGCACGAUGUGGUGGAACUUCGCCCACGACGCCAACAUCACCCCCGUCGUGGCGGCGCUGGGGCUGGACGUGCCCUCGGCGCCGCUUCCCAACGACACGAUCCCGUUCCCGAAUCCGUACCGGUCGACCGACAUCGUCCCCAUGGGCGGGCACCUCGUACUGGAGCGGCUCUCGUGCAACGCGACCGCGGCCCCGACGCCCGCGGGGGUCUACAUCCGCGCCCUCAUCAACGAGGCCGUCGUGCCCUGGCCGACGUGCCAGUCCGGGCCGGGCUACUCGUGUCCGCUGGCCAACUACAGCGCCAUGAUCGCCCGCGGGCCCGACUUCGUGAGCAUGUGCGAUAUCUCGGCGCAUGGGUAUCCCGAGUAUCUCGACUUCUGGUGGGAUUUUAACACCACCACCGUGCUGAAUUUCCAGAACGGGAGCAUUCCCUGGCAGCAGACUUAUACCCACGUGAAUGGAUGA